AUGGCAGACAAGGUCAGGGAAAACAACGAGUACCUUCGACACAAGGCUAAAUAUAUUGGCAUAGGCAAUGCUGAUACCACACGUGACGAGUUUUUCACCAAUGUUCAUCGCGAUACGCUAGCUUCUAUAGCUCAGCAUGAUAGUCUAUUGAUGUAUAAUGCUGUGGCCUUGAAUAAGCCAAAGGCGUUUGUGAAGCAGGAUCUUAUUAAAAGGAUGGUUCAGCCGUUAGAGAAAGUGACGCCGAAGGAGGAGGAGAACCACUCGUCCGACAAUGUCCAGCCUUACAGGUUGACUGUUGACGCGGUGGCGUCGUUGUUUCUGGUGAAUGUUGAAUCUGGUCUUUCUUCUUCUCAGGUUAGUGAGUUAGCUGGGAAAUAUGGUCCCAAUAAUUUAGGUGACGAGGAAUCGAUUUCCUAUGUGGCGAUUUUGUGCCACCAGGUAUUCAAUGCCAUGGUGUUGGUGUUGAUUAUUUCCAUGAUUAUUGCUUUGGCUAUUAGAGAUUGGAUUUCCGGUGGUGUCAUUGCUUUCGUUGUGUUCAUUAAUGUCUUUGUUGGUUUCAUUCAAGAGGUGAAGGCCGAGAAGACGAUGGGCUCGUUGCGUAAUUUGACCUCGGCAUCGGCGGUUGUGAUCCGUGAUAACGGACAGACCCUGACCAUCAACGCUGUUGAUCUUGUGCCUGGUGAUAUCGUUUCUAUCAAAGUGGGAGACACCAUUCCUGCUGAUUUGCGUUUGGUGGAUGCCAUGAAUUUGGAAACCGACGAGGCUUUACUUACUGGUGAGUCUCUUCCAGUUACCAAGAAUUUCCAGGAUGUUUACGACACCGACGAGCUGAUUCCAGUGGGUGAUCGUUUGAAUAUGGUUUACUCUUCUUCUGUCGUCACCAAGGGUCGUGCUACAGGUAUCACUGUUGCCACCGGUUUGAACACUGAAAUCGGUAAGAUCGCUUCUUCUUUGCAAAACUCAGAUGACGAUUUGAUCGUCAAGAAGCGCCCAGGUGUUUCGCUUUUCACUUGUAUUUGGAAAUCCACAUUGAAUAUCAUCAUGAAUGUGCUUGGUACAAAUGUCGGUACUCCUUUGCAAAGGAAAUUGUCGUGGUUGGCUAUCAUUUUGUUCUUUGUUGCCGUUGUUUUCGCCAUUGUGGUGAUGGCUACCCAGGAAAUGGAUGUCAACCGUUCUGUCGCUAUCUACGCUAUUUGUGUUGCCUUGUCAAUGAUUCCCUCGUCAUUGAUUGUUGUCCUUACCAUCACUAUGGCUAUUGGUGCCCAAGUCAUGGUUACCAAGAACGUCAUUGUUCGUAAGUUGGAUUCCUUAGAAGCUCUUGGUGGUAUUGACGAUAUUUGUUCGGACAAGACAGGUACUCUCACCAUGGGUAAGAUGAUCGCCAGAAAGCUUUGGAUCCCUUCUGUCGGAACCUUUUCUGUCUCCAACUCCACUGAGGUCUAUAAUCCAGAGGUUGGUGAAGUUGGCUUCCUAGGUAUGUCACCAAAGGAGAUCAACGACAUGGACGAAGAGGCCGACUUCAAACCUUUCGACCCUAAGGAGUCCCUGUUUUUGUUCUCCAGAUGGUUGGACAUUGCAACUUUGGCCAAUAUCUCCACUAUCCAGCCAGUUGAGAAGGAUGCUGGUACUGUUUGGGAAGGCCAAGGUGAUGCUACAGAGAUUGCAAUCAACGUUUUCUGUACUAGAUUGCAGUCUACUAGAGACAAGCUCAUUGGAGAGAGGUCCUUAGAGCACUUCUCUGAGUUUUCCUUUGACUCUUCCAUCAAAAGAAUGUCUUCUGUCUACGGUGAAUCAAGCUCUGAUGCUAUGGUUUACACGAAGGGUGCAGUCGAGAGAAUCUUGGACAUUUGUGAGUUCAAGUAUGGUUCAAACGAUGCUGGUUCUAAGGAGCCACUUACUGCUGCCCACAAGAAGGAGAUUGAAGAGGUCAUGAACAAUCUUUCCAGCGAAGGUUUGAGAGUGCUUGCCUUUGCUGAAAGAAAUGUGAACUGUACCAAGAUCAAUAUCAACAACCGUGAAGAAGUGGAAACUGGUUUGACGUUCCUAGGCUUGAUCGGUAUUUACGAUCCACCAAGACCUGAGACCAGAGGUUCAGUCAAACUUUGCCACCAGGCUGGUAUUAACGUCCACAUGCUCACUGGUGAUAUGUUGGGUACUGCUAGAGCAAUUGCCCAAGAAGUGGGUAUUUUGCCUCACAACUUGUAUCACUACUCUGAUGAAGUGAUCAAGUCGAUGUGUAUGACGGCUACUGAGUUCGACAAGCUCAGUGAUGAACAAAUUGAUAACUUACCUGUGUUGCCUUUGGUCAUUGCUCGUUGUGCUCCUCAAACCAAGGUUAGAAUGAUUGAAGCUUUGCAUCGUCGUAACAAGUUCUGUGCCAUGACUGGUGAUGGUGUCAAUGACUCGCCUUCUUUGAAGAAGGCUGAUGUUGGUAUCGCUAUGGGUCUUAAUGGUUCUGACGUUGCUAAGGAUGCUUCUGAUAUUAUUCUUACCGAUGACAACUUCGCUUCUAUUCUUCAUGCCAUUGAAGAAGGACGGAGAAUGUCUUCCAACAUUCAAAAGUUCGUCUUGCAAUUACUUGCAGAGAACGUCGCUCAGGCGCUCUAUUUGAUUGUUGGUUUAUCUUUCUUUGACGAAUCCGGUUUCUCCGUUUUCCCCUUGUCUCCUGUUGAGACCUUGUGGAUUAUCGUCGUCACUUCCUGUUUCCCAGCUAUGGGUUUGGGUCAAGAGAAAGCUAGUGACGAUAUUUUGGACGUGCCACCAAACAACAGAAUCUUUACGCGUGCCAUGAUUCUUGACAUGUUUGUUUACGGAACAUGGAUGGCUGCCUGUUGUAUGGCUGUGUUCGUCAUUGUCGUCUAUGGAAAAGGUGAUGGUAACUUGGGAUUCAAGUGUAACGAGAACAGCGGUGAAAACUGUGACUUGGUCUUUGAGGGAAGAUCAGCUGCGUUCUCUUCUUUCACUUGGUGUGCCUUGUUCUUGGCCUGGGAAUGUAUUCACAUGAGGUAUUCCUUCUUCAACAUGAGACCUGAUCUGGAAGACCCAUGGUACCGCACUUUGGCAAGAGACCUUUGGGACAACCAGUUCUUGUUUUGGUCCGUGAUUGGUGCUUUCAUUUCUGUGUUCCCUGUCAUCUAUAUUCCAGUCAUUAACGACAAGGUGUUCUUACAUGGUCCCAUUGAUUACGAAUGGGGUGUUUCCAUUGGGUUCACCGUUGUCUUUUUUGCUGGUUGUGAGUUAUGGAAGUUCUGCAAGAGACGUUACUAUAAGAAUUUCUCACAGGAAGCUAAUCAUCUCGAAAGUUAUGAUCCCUUCCUGGCUUAUUCUUCCUUCUCAAUAGACAAAGUGGCAUAA